AUGUCAGCUGCACCGUUUCCGCCAGGUCCGCGCAACAUGAAGAUGGAGCAGACCCCGGAGCCAUAUAAUAUCAAGCAAGAGGAAUAUCACCAGCAGGAACGAGAGAGUACCGUAGGUACUAUGGAUGCAACCACACGCACCACGGACUGGGUACUACAAGGGAACAACGACACUGCCGGUCAGGCCGUACCAACCUCUCAGUCAGCCUCUUCGACACCUGCUCCAGCUAGCCAGGCGGCGACCGCCCCAGCUGCUCAGACGACGGCAGCUCAAAUCACUCAGAACUCCAUGGCGUCUAGUAGAUACGCCCAACCACAAAUCAAUGCCGACCCCUCUCCCGCGGCCUUGAACCGUCUGGCAUCCAAGCGACUCCUCGAAGAUGAUUCUUUUUGUACAGGAUCACCAACAAACAAGCGUAUCAAAGCCGAGCCAUCCUCCUCCGUCUCCGGCACCGGCGUCCCUCGCAUCAAGUUGGAGCCCUCCAGCUCCCACACAGAAACCCCUCCCAUGCACCGCGCACCCGAAAACGACAUCAUCGCAAUCUGCAGAACCUCUACAUCCGGCAAAUUCACGGAUUUCGAACUCGAAUCUCUCACCGAGAUCCAAACUAAAAUCGACUGGGUCUUCAACCACGGCGCAAAGUCCUUUGAUGUGCUCUCUGAGAUCAAGAAGAUCCCGCACCAGCCACCUACGUCUUACGGCAUUAGUCUCAAGCCCGAACAGAAUCGCCGCAUCGGUGAAUUGCAGAAGAGGAUGAAGGAUGCGCAGACGGGGUUUAAUGCUCAGGGUGUGAAGGCCAACCCGCUCUCGACUCCUAAGGGCAGGAAGAUCAAGAAUUGUCGGGCGAGGACUGCGAAGUCGCCGUCGGUGUCUGCAGAGCAGGGAUUCAAGGUUGAGAAGCUUUUGGGCAUGCUGAUGCUGAAUGACGAGUCUGGGGCUGCUGUUGCUCAAGCGGCGUCCAACUUGCUUGCUAGUAGGGGGCUGAAGUUUACUUUGUGUGGGAAGGAGCUGCGGUUGGUGGAAUCGUAG